AUGAUUCUUACAAGUCUCAUUAUUUCACUUUCGUAUACUCAUAUGAUUGUUUAUUAUACCAUCAAACAAACAGUAAAUCAAUAUGGAACGAUAAGAGCAGUUUGCACGGACCAAAAUGGAAAUUAUGCUACGUUCAGUGCAUUCUGGCAUAUGAUAUUAUAUUCACUCGGGCCAACAAUUUUCAUGUUUUUAUUCGGAUAUUUAACGUUGCGCAAUCUUCGACAAGGUCGUCGAUUAGUUCCAGCGAUUAGAACUGAAAAUCAACGAAACAUUCGACGAACAGAUAAUCAAUUAUCGCGAAUGUUAGCAAGUCAAGUAUUUGUUAUUGUUAUUGCCACUUUACCAUUUUCAUUCUGUCGAAUUUAUGUUUCGCUAACGGAAAAUAUCCCGAAAGAUACUUUGAGACUCGCACAGGAAAAUCUGGCGAUCAAAACUUUAGGCGCAAUGACAUAUUUUACACAUUCAACAACGUUUUAUUUAUACACUUUGACGGGAACCCUUUUUCGACGAGAAUUAGCGAAAAUUUGCCAGUUCAAAUAA